UACCUCUCUGGUAUCCAAGACGGAGAAAUAAAAAACAAGUCGCUUUCUUCUGUUGUACACCUGGGUGGAGUGCUAGCGUACCAAAAAGAAAACUCAAAAUGAGUGAGCAAAUUAAAUUUAUAGUGGAGCAGCUGAACAAAGAUCCCUUCAAGAAAAACUUCAAUCUCAUCACCUUUGACUCCCUGGAGCCUAUGCAGCUAUUGCAGAUUCUCAAUGAUGUCCUUGCCGAGGUCGAUCCUAAGCAAGCCAUCGACAUUCGGGAGGAGAUGCCGGAGCAGACAGCGAAGAGAAUGUUUACUUUGCUUGGGAUGCUGAAGUACAGACCUCCAGGAAAUGUGUCGGAAGCGAGCAGUUUCCGGCAGGGGCUGGUGACGGGCAGCAAGCCGGUGGUGCACCCCAUCCUGUACUGGCUCCUGACGAGGAUCCCCGAGCUGAAGAAGAGGGCCUACCUGGCCCGCUACCUCGUCAAGCUGGAGGUGCCCGCCGAGUUCCUGCAGGACGACGUCAUCGCCGAGACCUACCACCAGUAUGAAGAGCUGGUGGAAGGAUUCAAGACCUACCACAAGGAGUGCGAACAGCUGAAGAGCUCCGGCUUCUCCACCGCUGAGAUCCGCAGGGACAUCAGCGCGAUGGAGGAGGAGAAGGACCAGCUGAUCAAGCGAGUGGAGCGUCUGAAGAAGAGGGUGGAGUCGGUGUCCAACCACCAGCACAUGCUGGAGCUGGCGAGGCAGCUGCGGGUGGAGAAGGAGAGGGAGGAGUCACUCGUUCAGCAGAAGCAAGAACAGAAGAACCAGCUGUUCCAGGCGGAGCAGAGGCUGCAGAGGUCCCAGCUGCAGCUGAAGGACCUGCGACAGGCGGCUGCAGACGCGAAACCAGAGAGCCUGAUGAAGCGGCUGGAGGAGGAGAUCAAGUUCAAUACCUACAUGGUGACGGACAAGCUGCCCAAAGAGCUGGAGAGCAAGAAGAGGACGGUUCAGUACCUGCAGAAGGUGCUGGCCGAGCCUGCCAUGGGCCAGGCGGAACUCGCCGAGCUGGAGGACAAGAUCCGUGAAAUAAACAUGCAGAUCAACCAACUGAUUGAGAAGAGGAUGAUGAGAAACGACCCCAUGGAUGAUAAGCUGUCCCUCUUCAGGCAACAGGCCUCCAUCAUCGCCCGUAAGAAGGAGGCCAAGGCCGAGGAGCUGCAGGAGGCGCGGGAGGAGCUGUCGGCAGCCGACAGAGAUCUGAGCCACAAGAACAGCCAGGCCCGAGACAUGGACGGCACGGAGGUCAUCCGAGGAGAGGAGUUCAAGCGCUUCGUGGGGAAGCUGCGCAGCAAGGGCAUGGUGUUCAAGAAGAAGCGGCAGGAGCUGGCGGAGCUGCGAGCGGAGUACGGCGUCCUGCAGAGGACCGAGGAGAUCCUGAAACAGCGACACGAGGCCGUGCAGCAGCAGCUGCAGUCCAUCGAAGCAAAGAAGGGGAUCUCGGGGUACAGCGACACCCAGGAGGAGCUGGAGAGGGUGUCGGCCAUCAAGAGUGAGCUGGACGAGAUGAAGGGCCGCACUCUGGACGACAUGUCGGAAAUGGUUAAGAAGUUAAACUCUGUGAUCGUGGAGAAGAAGUCUGCCCUGGCUCCAGUCAUUAAGGAGCUGAGGCCCCUGAGACAGCAGUGUCAGGAGCUGACACAGGAGUACGAGGAAAAAAAGGCCCAGUACGACAGCUGUGCGGCGGGGCUGGAGAGCAAUCGAUCCAAACUGGAGCAGGAAGUGAAGGCGCUCAGGGAGGAAAUGGCGCAGGAGGAAAGCCGAUACCACUACGUCAACUGCAUGCGGCAGAUCACUGAGAUGCAAAUACAGAGGGCGGCGGACGAGAUGAAGGCCUACGUUUCCCCUGACCCACAGGAGAGGAGGAAGGCCAUCAGGGAGCAGUACACAAAGAACAUUGCCGAGCAGGAGACCCUGGGCAAGAAGCUGCGGGAGACCCAGAAGGCCGUGCGGGAGAGCCACGGGCCCAACAUGAAGCAGGUGAAGAUGUGGCGGGACCUGGAGCAGCUGGUGGAGUGCAAGCGGCAGUGCUUCAUGAGAGCCCAGAGCCAGGCCUCCAUUGGCCAGGUCAUCCAGGAAGGGGGUGAAGAUAGGCUGGUGCUUUGAGGCCCCGCCCCUGCACACCGCUCUCAGGACCGUGCCUGUGGACGCCGUCACGUGACCCACGCACUUCACAUGUCCUGUUACUGUACAUUACGCCUCUUUGUAUGUUUGUAACAGUCGAACAGUUGUUUGUUUGUUUUUUUUUGUCCUCUUCCUAUCAUUGUUUUACCUGGAAGCGCUGUACCUUGCUUUCAGUCACUGAAGCUAAUAAUUCUGUGAGUCUUUCUUUUGUUCCAAAGCCUUCACAUUCCCCCCUAGUUCCACGGUAUCAUUCACACAUUAAACGAAAGAACCCACGGUGGGAUUGCAUUGUUUUACCUGUUUUUUUUUUUAUCUUCUCCACUGAGGAGUCUUUCCGGUGCUGAUAGUGGCGGGGGAGGGGGGGGGGCUUUGCAGACAGAACAGGGAGAACACAUGUCGUGGGAGGUGUCGGGUGGAUAAGGAGGUUAACUUUCUCUGCCUCUGCUGACUUCAAACAAAUCCCCCGCUUCCACUCUGACACAUCUUUAAGAACACGGCUCCCGUCUGUGUGUGUGUGUGUCUAAAGAUAACGCCGCACAAAGUGUGGCGCUUGGGCCACUGUUGCUCCCAGUUAUUUUGGGAAACAACAGACAUGACCUUGGGCAGGAGAUCUUGCCAAUUUUGGAAUUCGCCGGGACCUCCGUUGUUUCGGGGCGAUAGCAUGUGGCUAGGAGAGCUCGCUGUCCUCUCUCUCCACAUGAAUACCUGGAUAGAGUU